AGAGGAGGAAGGGGCAACCUACAGAGAGGGCGAGGACGGGUAAUAGAGGGGGAAGGGGUGGGGUACACAAUAGACUUGCAUCACCCCAACAGCAGCAGCCUCAACACCAGAAUAUGCAAUAUCAUGAGGAGAUGCAGUCACCGCCUGUGCAAAGAACAAUUAUCAGAGGAGGAGAUGCACCUCCCCCUGGUCCAGCCCCCAUCAAGCAGAGGACAGUCAUACCUCCGGGAGGCCAGCAGCAGCAACCCAUGUUCAGUAACCAGGGUACCUCUGUGGCCAUCCUUGGAUUGUCAACGUCUACCUCCAAGGAGAGGAUCGGUAACCUGCUUCGGUCCGUCGGUCCCAUUAUGUACCUGAAGGUGAAUCAACAGCAGCGGAAGGCCACGGCUGGAUACACCAAUCCAGAACAUGCUCAUAUCUUCCAGCAGAGAUUCCAUAGGCAAAUGAUUGACCUUGCGCACAUCAAUGUAUCCUUGGUAUAAGUUUGACAGCACUGCAUAACAACUCGCUCCGAUUCCAACCAGAUGGCGAUGAUUCUCCCAUCACAAGAUAUCAAGGUUGACAAUGUUUGUCCGUUUGACAGAACGGCAUCACUGUUCACUCCAGUUCCAGAGAAAAGCCACACGGAAUGGCAGACAACCAGAUGGCGACGAUUCUCCCAUCGCAAGAUAUCAAGGUUGACAAUGUUUGUCCGUUAGACAGAAGAAGCUCCAACCCAUGGUAUUUGAUAUUGUCUGUAUCCUCCAGCAUCAUUCAUUCUGCUCAUUGUUGUGAAAUUGUCCUCUACAAAAUGACUAUCCUUGAAAGCAGUACAUUGUAUUUAAUAUCAGUGUUGUACCUUGAUGUGUGGAUCUGAUGUAGCUGUGCCCUGUAUAUUUAUUUAUCAUUGAUAAUUGCUGCAUUGUCUGUUCAAAUGCAAACAUCAUUAUGUGGGAAACCUUUUAUUGCAUGGUGAAAUGGGUGUGUGUGGUUGUGUGUAUAUAUGUAUGCAUGUUCUUUCCAAAUAUGAUCUCGUAUCAUUUUGUAAGGAGCUGUCUUGGAAGGGGCCCAUGGAAGCUCCAAACAGUUACAAAAGGAGAAACAGAAAGAACCUUGACCUUUGACCUGAACAUUAGAAAUGUGCAAAGAGAUUCCAUCCAUUGUCUACUACUACAAUGCACACAACAGAAGAAUGAGAAGCAAAUUUGCACAAGGAGUUCUGUUUAUUGACAUGUACUUCAAAGGUCUAAAUGUGGCUGUCAUUUUUUAGUGGAGGAAAUCUCAUAGAAUACCACCACUAAUGACAUCCCUAAUGAAUCGAUACGAAAGGAAUCGACAGUGAUCGCAAACUUUUCACUUGCUUCCCGACUGUGUUUUUCAUCAAGGACAUCAAUAUGAAAUUACCAGGAACAGUUUCUGCCAGUUGGCGACAAUGAGUGACCAUCGGAGAUCUCCAAGUCUUACCCUCACCUUGGACGCCGCGAGCCUCUGAACUGAUGAACAUUCACACGAAGAGGCUGAUAAUAAUAAUAAUAAAAAUGGUACUUAUAAAGCGCUUACCAUCAAAGUCUCUAAGCGAUCAAUCCGACCUAUGUGUUCUGUACAUAAUAAAUUGAUCUGAGCGAGAACUUUGCAGUGAUUUCAAACUCCCUUAACUACCCUGCAGCAUGGUUGUAUCUCAUCAGUAGCAUCAAGGUGACAGGAACAGCUUCUGCAACGAUCAUGGUCUUCAGAGCUCUUCAAGUCUCAUCCUCAAGAUAGUACAGUUUUGGUUGCAGCUAGCUUCUGAUCAACAGCUGUAAGCAGAGGCUGGCGAUCAUGUUGAUUCGCUCAAGUAUCAUCCGUUAGAGACAUCAUCAUGACAGAGCAUCAUCUCAUUCCUGCAUUGUACACUGCUGAGCAACUUGGCGUCUCACAAAAGCCAUCCAUCUACAGUGCAGUUCAUCCUACAUGGAGAAGACCGCAUCUUUCAGAAUCAAAGUCAACACAUCUCUGCAUCAACUUGUUCACUUGAAGGCCCAUGUCUGUAAUCAAUUACUACAGUGAAAUGUAUUGUAUGUGCCAAGCAACUCGCAUCUCCUGAGACCAUUUUAUAUGCAGUUCAUCAAGCACGCCAAAGGCCACACGACAAUGACCGAAGCCUGUACUUCUCUGCAUCUUUCGCCAUGUGUAAUCCAUUUGUCGGUGCUAGCAGAGUGACCAACACAGUUAAUGACAUGUGUCAUUGUUGAGUUACUCUGCUGUUCAUAAAGGGAAACAUGUCAGUAUUGCUCAAUGAGAAAGUGUAAACUCAAGCCUCUCGCAAGGAAAAUGCAUAUAUGUUGCCUCAAGAUGGGUGCUACUGCUAACCACCCAAAGAAACUCCUUGUGUAUACAUUAUCAAGUAUGGGAAUGAAUGACGCUCACAUUGCCCAUCCCCAUGUUCUGCAGGAGCUGUUGUUCUAAUCCAUAUGUGAACAGCUUCACCGCACUUCUCGUAGUAGCAGCAUUGUGAACCUCUGUAGAUGAAGCCUGAUCAAGGUACAUCCUUGCCCAUGGUAGAGUUUGGGAAGGAUGCUGCCAUAUGUGGUAGGAUCCAUCUUGCACUAAAUUGUACCACAUGCUCUUUAUGAUGAGUGGAUUGUGCAAUGAAGCCCCUUUAACAUAUUACCCAAAUCACCUGAAUAAUGACUACCCAAAGAUGAGAUUCGUGUAUCCAGAUGGCAUCCUACAAUGUGCAAAGUUUCAUCUUUCCUUGUGAAGAAUUUAAUUGAACUGAAAAGACUUUAAUCUUUAAACUUGAUUAUAAGGAUUAAAACAGAAGAUUAACUUCCUUAGGAAGUUAGGAAAAACUUGCUUAAGAAGAAGUUGGAAUAUAGAAAAUCUAAAAAAAUCAUUAUUCCCUGUAUAUCAGUAUUGACGUUCGACCAUCCAGAUGCGAUUACGCUUCUGGGUUAUUUUUUAAUAAUUUUGCCAGUCUUUCCUUGUUCUAUGAAGCAAAGUCAGUUGGAAAUUUGUCGAGACUGAGUAUCACCAAUCGGAUUCAACUCAAUUUAUUUCAUUUGUAAAUUUGUCUCAAAAAUUUCAAUUGCAAUUUAACUCAAUAAGAUUUAGUAUUUUAAAUGUUUCUUUUAAUCUACAAUCAGUUAUCAGUUUUACAAACAAAACAUUCUACAAACAACCAACUAUUAAAGAUUUACAUCCUAAUAUUGAGAUUGUUGAUAAACAAUUGUCAGUCAACUCAUGAAACAGGGAGUAUUUCCCAAGAAAUUGUCUUUAUUUAAAAGAGAUACAGAAUCACAUUGUUUCUGCUCAUUGCAAAACUUUCCCAAAUUUGUACAUGCUCUUUAUACACUGUCCUAUUUUUGUGAUGUACAGUAACUUUAGUUGUUCCAUUGGGUUAUGAAUUUUACAAAUCUGAAAUCACUCAAAGCAUUCAAAUAAACUUUUAACAACAUUUACAAUGACUAAAGUUACUGCUGUCAAUAGAUUUCUGUCUAAUGAUAGUUCAGAAAUACAACUAAUCCCAUGUUCUUUAAUAUCCUUUUGCAACAAAUAUCCGACAUAUCUAAGACAUAAAAAUCCCUUGCAGUGGUGUUGUUAAUAGCAAAGUGAAAUGCAUCUUAGUCUUUAAGACAUUUAAAAAUGAGAGACUUAUUUCAAUUACAUGUUAGCAACUAGCAAGUCAGGCAAUACACACAUUUUAGGAUGUUGUGUUUUAUUCAACAAUGGCUGUAUCAAAUCUUAAACAUCUUGAAAUAAAUUGUAUGCAUAAAAAAACAUAUGGCACCAUCAUUCAUAUUCAUAGUUUACAUUACAAGAGAAAUUGCAGGUGCCAUUAUCAAUCAUAACAUAUACUAAUUGACAACAUUUCCAGUAGAGAUGCAGAUCUAACAUUGAAAUAGUUUAUAAUUUUUAAUCUGUAACAAAACAUAUUCAUAUCUUUUACUUUAAAAGGGUUACUUUAUAAAAUAACAGAUUUUGUUGGACCUAUCAGUAAGUUGAAAAAUAGUGUUGAGCAAAAACUCCAAAACAUUUUAAUACAAAAAGAUAAUCUUGAUACUCAAAUACUCAAAUGAAUGUUAUAAUAUUCACAUAUUUGAUUCACACAUAAGAUAUAGUAGUCACCCCCCCCCCCCCAAGUAGAAUCUGAUAAUCUGAAAGAUUGGUGAAUAAUGCCAUUGCUUUGAUUUCAAGUGGUGAUAGGGAAAGGCUGACAAAAUACUUAAAAACUGUCAAGAUUGUAGGGACAUGUUUAAUGCAAUUUUGCCCUUUGUUUUAUUACAACUAUAUUGGCAGACAGUUACCGGUGAGAAAAGAAUGUAAACAUAGUAGUUAUUCCUUUAUGGAGCAUAUCUAUGCAAUUGACAGGGAGCUAAACAUCAACCUUGAUUAAAACCUGUAGUACUUACUGCUUGAUCUUUGUAGGAAUUCACUUUUAUUUUAAUACUGAUGUUUCCGUUUCUUACUAAUGCUUCUGUAGUGUUUUAAAGGUAUUAUAGAAUACAGAAUUUAACAUGGCACUGUAGUUGAUAGGCAAUAUUUCCAGCAAAUAAGUGGUGAAUACCUUAUAACUUUUUCAUCGGCUCACACUAAACAGUUGAGUCUGCAUAUUUAUAUUUAUGAUUUUGCUUUUGCAUUCUUAAUUUUUGUGUAGUUAGCAUCAAAUCUUUAUCUCUACUAAACUUGAAAAAUCAAACUGACUUUAAACGUCACUUAGAAUUAUAUUGUAUUUCAAUGGGCCAGUUCACUAGAUCAGAUCCUUUUUAGAUAUUGGCCAUAGGAUCAAAGGUUGAGGUCACUAAGUGAUAUUAAUAUUCGAUCUUAAAGUAUACCAAUCACCAAAACAUGUUUUUCUCUUG